AUGCUUCAUGGGCUCGCCGAACGAAUCCGACAGCUUCAGGAGCUCGAGCAAGAGCAGCUCGAGUGUGGGGAGCAGCCCGAGUGUUCGAAGUCCACGACGACUUGUAGAACCUAUGUGUGGGUCAUCGUCGAGUCUUGCAGAGAUUGCGCAACACAUGAUUCAACUCUACGUCACGAUGAGACGCAAUACCAGAAUCGCUUUGAGAAGCUCAAGAUCUUGGUCCUCGAACGCUUUCCACAGGGCGUUCGGGUGGAGUUGUUGGUGCCACUAGGGCCCAUCCCGGAAGAGAGGCAAGCAAAGGGCCCAAGUUUUCGUAUUGGCUCCUUUGAGGUUUACUUGUGCUGCGAUGAUCCCUUGAAGCCAUGGGGUGCCACUCCUUUGAAUCGCCAAGGCGACGGAUGCCUGGGCCUAUGCAUCUCAUCGAAGUUGAAAAGUAGAGCUUGGCCUUCAAUGGAUGCCGUGAUGAAACGCAUGGCCAUAUGCAUGCCAGAGGUUCCAGUACAGGUCACCGUGCAGAAUGCUCUGGAGUUUCCACUGCCAUUUGUUUCAGUCACCGUCCUCUCAGAUGGGAAGCAAGUGAGUAAGAGUCUCAGUGAUCAAGCAGGCUCUGUGAAGCUCUCUGUGCCGUUGUAUGCUCCGAUUGAGCUCAGGGCCGAGCGUGGCAAGUUCAUGGAGCCUCAAAGCAAGACGCUUCAAAUACUUGCUCCGGAGACUCACUUGACCUUCACGACGGAGACCUCUGUGCAACUCUGGCAACUGGAAACCGCCAAGGAGUUGGUGGUCUUUGGCCGCGACCCGCGCAUGGAUUUGGAGGAGGCGGUGUUGCCCAUCCCCAACUUGGUGCCCUUCCAAGGGAGCCUGGAAUACAGCAGUGGAGAAGCUGUGAGAGCUGACUUGGAUGGCUUCAUCCGAAGUGCCAAGCCGAGUCCCGACCAUGCGGAUCCCUUGGCGGAUGCGGACUUUGUGAGCUGUGCUGGUUGGCGAUCCUCUCCAUUAAAGAAGGGCGAGGUCCAUGGGACCGGGCGCUUGGUGGAGAUCGGACGGUUAGGAACGCCCAUCGUGGAGGUCUCCUUGGUCACCUGCUGUUGUUUGUGCCCCGUGCCCAACGCGCGGAUCUCCGUGAAUGGGGAACAUUUCGGCAUCACAGAUGUGGCACCUGUGAGCUGUGGGGUGCGGGUGGGAGAACAUUCACUGCUGGUAGAACAUAACUUGUUAUCUGCACCUGGUCUUUGUCUUCCCUUGAACAUCGCUGAUGCCACUACUUGCGGUGUCACAGUGGAGUUUCCUUUGGAUCGACUUCGCUUUGUGUGCACGGCGGCCCCUGGGACUCGCGCACCGGGGCGUGCAGAUCUGUGGUUGGUGGGAGGAGAUCUGGCGCAAUGGCGAUGUAGCCGUGGGGCGCCUCCCAUGGAUGCUGAGGUGUGGCUUUGGGACGGAGAAUUGGGAUCUUCCCUCAAGGUCCAAGCUGGCGCAUUGAAUCAACAUGACUGGUCCCACAUGCGGACUGACGAAAAGGAGCUGGAGGAAAGAGUUUCGGGGCUGUCACAGGGAGGAACUGCUUGCCUUUUUUCCCAGGCACUCACAAGACCCUGUGCCAGCAUUGGGCCCUGGCAAGUGGCUCUGCAUUGUGCAAACACCGAAUGCUCCGUUCUCCGUUUGGCCUGCUUAGCCACGGGUGAUGUUCCUGCACUGUGGCUGGCGUGUUUGAUGGCUCAGGAAGAUGAAUCCGCGGACUCCGCUGAAGAUCCACUCCUUCGGGUGCACUCCCCUUGUUGCAGUGCUGGAGCUGCAGGGGUCGCUGUGUCUUUGAAUGGGAAGGAAGUCGGAGUCAUCAGUGAUCAUGGCGAAUUGAAGCUACCCAUGGGUGAGGGUGGGUUGUCCUAUCGGGGUCCCUGCAUGGUGAGGAUUGAAGGUGUUCCUCCUUGUCUUCUUCCUGGGAGCACCAACGAAUAUGUCGCUCACUUCCAGCUGACCCGGCAGAUGGAUUUGGAACUCACCUGCUUGUUGUGGAUCUAUUGGUGGCGCCCUGAGCCGGAGGAGGAAGGAGAAGAGGAAGAUGCCAUGGUCUUUGUUUGCGCCAACGUGGAGCAGAUCCCAGAUGAAGCCAAACCUGUGGUUGGUCGCCUUUGUUGUUUGGACGCCGAGGAACCGGAAAUGAUUUUGGAUGGCCAAUCGGUGGGUCCAAUUCUGCUGAGACGUUCCAGGUUGUCACAGAAGUGCGAGAGCGCACCUUGCUUAGUUUCUCAGGUCACCUUAGAUGUGGCACCUCCUGCAUCAUUGGGACCAGGUGUCAGAUUCGUCCCACGAGGGCCGCCGUCGCCCUUGCAGCUGCGCUACGAGGAGUUGGGCGGCUGCGAGCUCCAGCGGCUCAUGUGUUCACCGGUGGUGCUGGGGGAUUUGAAGCGACGCCGUUCGGAGAGCGAGACGGAGCCAACCUACGAGGAUGUCUUUGAGACGGAUUCGCAGGAGCAUUACUCCGAGCCAGCAGCCUCCAUGAGCCAUGAUUGA